CUCAACUCUCCCCCACUAGGUCAGAUAACUAUCUUUCUGCUCUAUAAAUACCAACAUCUUGCUCAUUGUGGUCAUCAUUACUUAUCCAGCAUCCAUCUUUUCUCACACUACAAUCAGCAUGGCUAAGGUAAUAUUGUCAGUAGUGUGCUUGGCGAUGGCAGUUCUGGCCGAGCCUCCAGUGGACAAGUCCUACCUGCCACCGCAGCAGACGCAGGUUGGCUUCCCCUCCAACCAGUACCUGCCUGCUUCCAGCCAGUACAGUCCACCUUCCAGCUCGUAUGCUGCUUCCAGCAGACAAUUUGGCUCUCCUUCCAGCCAGUAUGGUACACCUAGUCAGUACAGCGCACCCUCCAGCCAAUACGGUGCUCCUUCUGGACAAUAUGGUGCACCUUCUGGACAAUAUGGUGCACCUUCUGGACAAUAUGGGGCACCUUCUGGACAAUAUGGUGCUCCCGGUGCUGGCGCUAGGAACACAUACGCUCCACCAGCAGCUAGAGUGAGUUUCAAUAUGGGAAAAUCAAGCAGACGCCCGUCUGGCAGAUACGGAUCACCUUCUACCACUUAUGGUUCCCCCUCAUCAACGUAUGGUUCACCUUCAUCCACAUACAGCUCUCCUUCAUCCACUUAUGGUGCACCAUCCACCUUUGGUGCCUCAGCCUACAGUUCACAAUCGCCCUCUUUUGGCCCAUCGUCAUCUUCUUCUUACUCUUCCGCCCCUUCAUCAACAUAUGGUACUCCCUCUUCAACUUAUGGAUCUCCUGCUUCAGCUUAUGGAUCUCCUGCUUCAACCUAUGGAUCUCCUGCUUCAACUUAUAGAUCACCAGCUGCCUUCGGCGGAAGCUCUUCAGCAUCUUACAGUGCACCACAGAGGUCUUCCUCCGGAGUGUCGUCCACCUACGGAGCACCUUCCUCAUCCUACGGAGCACCAUCGUCAAACUACGGAGCACCUGGUACAGGAUAUGGCUACUCUGGACAGGAUGAUCUUUCUGAGCCAGCCAACUACGAGUUCUCGUACGACGUGUCGGCACCUGAGUACGCGGUUGAGUUUGGCCAUAAGGAGAGUCGUCAGGACGACUCGGCACGUGGACAGUACUAUGUGCUCCUCCCGGACGGCCGCAAGCAGAUAGUUCAGUACGAGGCCGACGAAGGCGGCUACAGGCCAACAGUCACCUACACGGAGGCGGCGGCCGGGGGCGGCUACGGACGUGGUCCCGCCUCUUCAGCCUACUCAGCUCCUAGCUCCUCAUCCAACGGCGGUUACCGAUACUGACACUAUCUAUCCUCAGAUCUUUGUGAAGACUUAUCCUCAUAAAGGUUGAAGGAGCAAGGAAAAUGAAAUUUCACAAGUUACCGGCGUUUGCUCACUUUACCAUGGCCAGUGUUCAUAGAUUGUAAAUUACAUUUGUAUAAUAUUAUCUUGUAGAUCUAAUAAUAAAUUAACAGAAUCUAUUUAUGUAAUUCGUUGUGGUUAAGAUGAAUAUAAAGCAAGUUUUGUAAUAA